AUGAUUUGGUCCAGCCUACUGCUGCUGCUGCUCGUGCACAAUGCAAUUGCCUGGCAGCACACCGACGAUGAUUUGAUGUCGUUUAAGACCUUGCCGGACGUCAAGGCUGUCAAAUUCGACAUCGAACAUCUUGAUCGCGAGCGCGCCGGCCCCGGUUACUGGUUUGUGUCGCCCUAUCUACACAUUGCGCCCGAUGGCCCGACCAGUGUGUUCGAGCCGUUCCAGGUCGGCCCGCAUAUCUACGAUCAAGAAGGUCGUCUUGUGUGGACCGGCUCGCUCAUGUUCGAUAACCGCAACGUCUUCGAUUUCAAAGCCAUCAACAGCAUCGGAAACGAAACCCAUAUUUCGCUGAUCCAGCAGUACACCUUCGACGGAAGCCACAAGGGCUACGGUUUGGUUCUGGACCCCAGCUUCCAAACCGUGCGAAAGGUCCCGCUGCGAGAGGACCUCGGUUCUUUUGAUAUUCACGAAUUCAACGUCCUCGACAAUGGCAAAACGGCUGUUGUCACGGUCUAUCUGACCGACGAGAUCGACCUCGCGGCAUUCAACCGACCGAACGAGCGAACGAGUUUGGAAGUUGGUGGCUUCGCCGAACUUGAUCUGACCACCGCAGAGGUUCUUCAUGAAUGGAAGUCGUAUGACCAGGUCCCGCUGGCGGAGACUGUUCACUACUCCCAAUGGUCUCGCGUGGAGGGUCCUCCCGGUUGGGAUUAUGUGCAUAUUAAUUCGGUCGAUAAGAAUGCCGCGGGCGAUUACCUUCUUUCUAUGCGAUUCACCAACACCAUUUACCUGGUCUCCGGGGCCGACGGCCGCAUUAUGUGGCGUCUGGGUGGCCAGCAUAACGGCGACUUCGAUCAAGACUUCAUCUUCUCGAAACAACACGACGCCAAAUUCCUGUCGUCGGAAGGAACACACCACGUUAUCUCGCUUCUUAACAACGCGUCCGAUGAGGAAUUCAGCGAGGAGGAUAUUUCCUCUGCCCUCAUCAUUGAAAUUGAAACCGGCACCACUCCCAUGACGGCUCGCGUCCUGAGACGCUACAACCGUCCGGAUGGCGACCUCACCCGCCUCCGUGGUAACGCCCAAGUGCUUCCCGAUAAGAACAUGUUCGUAUGCUGGAGUCAGGGUGGCUAUAUCUCGGAAUUCACCGAGGAUGGCGAGCUGGUCAUGUCUGCGCGCUUCACAUCCUCCCGCUUCUCCAACUACCGCGCCUAUAAAUUCGAGUUCACAGGCCGUCCCACCGUCCCUCCGGAUAUGGUUGCCGCGGUUCACGGCACCGAUGAGACAAACCUGGUUACAACGAUCUGGGUCAGCUGGAACGGUGCCACCGAGGUAGACAUGUGGCGUUUCUAUGCGCGGAAGUCGCAAUUCGACGAUCCUGUCUACGUCGGCAAUGCCACCAAGUACGACUUUGAGACCAUGUUCAUCGCCCGCGGGUAUUUGGACUGGGUCACGGCCGAGGCGGUGGAUCGUGAAGGCAACGUCUUGGGAUCGUCCAACGUCCACCGAACCGACUUCCCCGAUUGGCACUCCGUGGGAUGGAUGGGGUACGGCGGAACCCCCAAGCCGCAGGAUCCCGGGCGACUGUACCCGAAUGGCCAUGGCAUUGCGGAUAAAAAGUUUAGUGACCUUAGCCCAGCAACAUCAUCAGACGAUGGUACGGCCAGAGCGCAGGUCAUUAAGGCAACGCAGUUGCUCUCAAAAACCCAGGAGACGGUCCGCAGCAUCGGCGGCCUUUUCGCUCUCAUUCUCCUGCUUGCUAUGAUGAGCGGCAUCAUGGCAGGCUACAUGCUGAUUCGGGGCUGGCGGGUCCGCUUCUAUCAGCAGGUGCGAUUGGAGGACGGGCUGCCCGAGGAGGAGACGCGUCUCCGGCGGUCUCACGACGAUUGA